AUGGACUUGUACCUAAACAACUGUUUAAAGGCUGCUGAAGUUGCUGCCAACAAAGCGGCUUCUGACAGCCCAACAAACAAAGAUACUACAUGUAGUAAGAAAAAACAGAAACCUGUCAUUCCAAAGAUUGGACCAGCUAAUCUGUUAGAUAUGCCUCUCGGGGCCAAACUGCCUAUUAUCCCAGGAAGUAAUACUAUAUUCUACACAACAAAUAUAUGCGAAAAGCUUUUCCAGCCUUCUUUUGGUUUUAACCUUAGUGACCCAUAUUGUAAACUCAUGGAAACAACCUACAAAAGUCUUCAUGAUCCACACCUAAAAUCAUACUUCAAACGAAAAGAUAUUCUCAAGAAACUCAAAAGAGACGGAUACGUUACCGGCAAUAAUAAAGUCGUAUGUUCAUUAAAAGAGCUGAACAAAUACAGACAAUAUCUUACCACUUUAAAAAUUGAUUUUGAACGGAAUUACGUAAGAGAACAAAAAAUAAUCGAAAGUCAAGUAAACAAACUAAACGAAGAGAGACGGGCCUCUGACAGUGCUGCCGCUGCUGAGUUUCAGUGGUGGUUGCUACAAGAAGGGAAAAAAGCUAGCCCUCAACACGACCGCUUGAUUAAACUCAGACAUUUAAAUAUGAUUAAUAAAGAACUAGACAAAAUUGAAGACACCGUGGGAAGACGAAGUACACUUGUAACGAAGGAAGAAGACAAACAACAUUGGGAUGAUGUUAGAAGAAGGCUAAGCCUACACCAAGAAGUUGAAGCGGAUUGGCAACUCAAGGAGCUGUCACUUCUGACAAAGAUCGGAGACGAAGUUAAGAGAGAAACAAAAGUUGAAGAACAUCGUCGGAAAAUCCGAGAAGAAAUUAACCGAAAGAAACAAGUAAUGCUACAUAAAAGAAUUGCCUACCAUUUACAAAAGUUUCAAGAGAAAGACAGUAAAGAAGAAAAUCAGGAAGGAAGUACUUCUGAAAGCAAAAGACCAAGUGAAACAGCUUCUUCAAUUCAAAAACCAAGCUUCACAGAGCCGAGUACGUCUCAAGAACAUCUGGAACAAAAAACAUCUAUAUCAAGUAUGCGGACAAGCAUCUCUGAGAGACUGAUGCAAGAAUCGAGGGAAUCAAAAUCCACCUCACAAAUGACAAGGACCAGUUUUGAUGAGGACCAAUUAUCACUUUACGAACUUCUGGAAACUAGAUUUUCUCCAGUAGAUAAAAGGAGAUCAAGUUUGACUGACGAUCAAGCAUUUCAAGAAAUUUUGGAACCGAAAUACUCUCGCCGUUCCAGUGGGAAGAAAACAAGUUUUGCUGAGGAGACAUUGUUUCACGAAUAUAGUGAACACAAAUAUGGUCCACCAACCACCAAAAGAACAAGUUUUGCUAACGACAAAUUCAUGGAAGACCUUCUAGAAGCAAAAUAUCUUUAUCAAAAUACCAAGAGACCAAGUUUCACCGACCAGAAACCAAUGGAAGACAAUCUACACCCAAUAUUGACUUCAUCAAGUACAAGGAGAACAAGUGUUUCAGACCAGAGAAUGUUUUAUGAACCUGUCAAAACAAAAUCAGCACCACCAACUACAAAGAAAACAAGUUUUGCUGAGGAAAAAUCAUUUCAACAACUUAUGGAAGCAAUAACGCCUCCACAGUAUGUAAAGAAAACAAGUAUCACAGGCCAGAGAUCAUCUCAAGAAUCUCUAGAAACCAGACGAUCAAGCCUUCAUUCUCAAAAUAGCACGAAGGUUUUUAUUAAGACAUCAACGACUUUACCACCUCAACAGAGGGAUAUACAAAGUGCAUCAAAUUACAAGUGUAAUAAAGGAACUGCAAGAACAUCGCACCAUUCACAUGACAGAGGCAUGAGAAGAAUCUCAAAUCCUGAUCCACCUCACUGUCUGCAAUCAACUGCACUUUCCAGACAAUCAUGUCAUGAUAUUCCAACACAAGAAGUAGAUCCUUCUUUUCAAAGAAACACACGUAAACAGAGCAAGUGA